AUGGAAAACCAGAGGGAAAUUUUUGAAAAGCCCAUUGAACUAUCCUUUCCGUUGCCUCUCGCACCAGAGACAGAAGUCCGCGUCCACCUCACCAUUCGAGCAAAAUACAUACUCCUACAUCUGACUACUACAAGCAUAGGUGACACCUCAGUGCUACCUCCUCUUGGAUCUUUUGUCUAUGCUCUUCCAGAUCGGAUAAAUACAACCCAGACUAUCUCUACACCUCUCUGUCAGAAUGAAUACUCAAUAGACCUUACUACCCGUUUAGCAAAGAUUUUUGCUAGGAAAUUACAAAAGCCUGUCUAUGUUGGAAAUUCCAUAAGCUUUGCAAGUGCUGGGAUGGGUGGUACUAGCGAGGAAGAAAUAGAAGGUUUAAAAAUGAUUGUUGGUACUGUGAUGAAAGAGAUUGAUAGUCAUGAAAGUUCUGCAUGA